CACGGCUUCCCGGUCACAGGCGGUCUGGCAAUCGGACAUCGAACGGCGAUUCCAGAAAGGGAUAUGGAGGCACCGAACGUCAAUCGUAAGAAUCCAUGCGAAUCCUAGGUCUGUCCGUUUCCGACAUCGAACGGCCUUCGCAGGAAUAUAUUUGAAUCCCAGGAUUGUUAUGUACCCCUCGAUUCAACAUAUUUCCGCCCGUUUAAACGGCCUCUAAAGAGAAAACGGCUCCAGGAGCCGGAUGUGGAUAACAGAGGUGGUUCAUCUACCAAAAAAGGGUGGAUUAUUUUCAGGAUGAUGAUUCCCGCACCGGCUGACGGUUGUAUUGAUCGUUACAAUAAUGUGCUGAAGCAAUAUUUUGAGAAGGACAACGUUGGUGUGGACUUCUAUGAAGCUGGAAUUGUAAUGGUAUCGGCCAAAGAAGACUCUUGGCGGUCUAAAACAAAUGCUGUGCAUGUUUUCCACGCGAUUUACGAUAUGUUCUUGCUCCGUAUGAGUUGUUUGAAGGGGCGGUAUUUGAUAAGGCUACUUGUACCAGCUGCACAUACAAAAAAGUUGAUUGUUCUCCAGACAAUCAACUCCCAUUCACACAAACCUGUUAUCUAUCUAACAGAUAACAUUCCAUUUUUAUCCUCUGGUGAUGUAAUCAUUGAGGUGGAAGAGGAUCGUCGACACAUAGAUGAGAUAAUGCUAUCAGUUUACUCUGAUCUCAGAGAGUUUAGGGUUGAUGAGAGCAUGGUCUUUGAACUCAAAGCUACCAAUGGUAUUCACCCAUCAAAUCGUGUAAUGUCUGCACAUGGUUUUGGGAUGAAACUACGAAGACACUGUAAAAUCUACUCUCUUUCCUGCAAGGCUGUCUUGCAAUAUACUGUUCGUAUGUAUGUACAGAUUGACCCAAAAGUUUGCCCAUUUUGCAGGUUUUGGCGUCCAAACCAAUACCCUUGUCGUAUAUUGAUCUUAUCAUUGGUGAAGAUGGUGCAAAUGUUGAAAACAUACGGAAAUCAUGUCCCGCCUCCGUGUACUUGAAGCUGUUAACCCUUAAAGAGGUGACUAUUUGUAUUGAUGGUGAAUCGCAUGACGAGGUUGAAGCUGCUAAGAAUGCGAUAGAGGUAUAGUUGUAGAAGAUAUUAUUAUUUGAUACAAGUAUUUGUGGUUAUCAUUAUCGUAUCGUUUUCCUCUAGGUUGCUCUACUCAUGAGGAUGGCAUGAGGUCUAUAGAAUGAGAACACAUGGUUUGCGACUUUAGUUGACGCGGAGAGUUAUUUGUUUGUUUGUUGCAGGAUUUGAUUCUGGAGGACCGAAAGAAAGAUGGAAAACGCGUUUUCGAGGAAAUGGUUACGAAUUGGCGUCGGGUUUCAACUAAAGAGAUCAUUUGGGUAGCCUUAUAUAACAAGUUGAGAAAUGGCUCCUUUGUGGUAGAAUAGAGUCUCUUUUAUUUA